AUGGACAUAUCUUAUGCUAUUAGCAAAGACGAACCACCUACAAUUACAGACGAAAGUACUCCAGCUGCAAUCACAUUAUAUGAGCGGUGGGAGAGAUCCAAUCGACUCAGUGUGAUGUUCAUUAAGACUAAGGUCACGGGUGGAAUACGUGGUUCUGUCGAUCAACAUGAGAAUGUCUGUGAUUUGCUGAAAGCCAUUGACGAUCAAUUCGUCACUUCUGAAAAGGAUUUGGCAAGCACAUUAAUUAUGAAAUUUUCCUCCUACCCACUCAUCAAUGUGAAAGGUGUGUGUGAGCACAUAAUGAAAAUGCGUGAUAUUUCAGCUCAACUUAAGAAACUUGAGGUUGAUAUGUAUGACUCCUUCCUGGUGCACUAUAUUCUGAACUCUCUUCCAUCUGAGUAUGGGUCUUUCAAGAUCUCUUACAAUACACAUAAAGAUAAAUAG